ACGGCCGGGACUGAGUCGGAAGUGGAAGCGGCGCGGGGUGUCCUUACGUCCCCCCUUUCCGUUUCUGUGGCAACCCGGGGGAGGGCGGAGCCUGCGGGCGGAGAGGCGUUGGCCGGAACCCGCGGCGGUUGACAGGAGAGAGUCCAACUUCCUCGGGCCUUCCCCGGGUUUAGUUCCCCGCUUGGGGGAUGCCCGUGAGGGACGCUUGGCUGCGGCUCCGCAGGGACCGGAUGGGGGACGCGUCAGCUUCGCAGGCCCGCCAGGAAGACUUCAGUAGGAGCUGCUUCCGCAAUCGACUGAAAUAGGCCCUGCCCUCUUCCUUCCAUGGAUCCUCUGGGCGCGCCUUCCCAUUUUGUGGAUAUUGAAAGUUUGCCAGGAUGGGCUGACCUUUACGAGGCAGACGCUCAAAGUCAACCUGGAAAAUGCCAAGGCGAUGUCCCCUCGCCCUUCCCAUGCAGGGAAGACAUCAACGCAAAGAUAAUACUGUGGAGGGGCGACGUGGCACUGCUGAACUGCACGGCCAUCGUGAACACCAGCAAUGAGUCUCUCACAGACAAGAAUCCUUUGUCGGAAAGUAUCUUACUGCAUGCGGGACCUGACCUGAGGGCUGAACUACAGAAACUCAAAGGCUGUCGGACAGGGGAGGCCAAGUUGACCAAGGGCUUUAACCUAGCCGCGCGCUUCAUCAUUCACACAGUGGGGCCCAAAUACAAAAGCCGAUACCGCACGGCCGCAGAGAGCUCCUUGUACAGCUGCUACCGGAACAUUUUACAGAUUGCCAAGGAGCAGGCAAUGUCCUCAGUGGGAUUCUGUGUCAUCAACACCGUGAAACGAGGUUACCCUUUGGUGGACGCUACCCACAUAGCACUGCGGACGGUGAGGCGAUUUCUCGAGAUCCACGGGGAAACCCUCGAAAAAGUGGUGUUCGCGGUAUCAGAGUUUGAAGAGGCCACCUACCGGAAGCUGCUGCCCCUGUAUUUCCCGAGGUCGUUGGAAGAGGAGAGGCGGUCCUUGCCUUUCCUGCCUGCCGAUAUCGGUAACGCCGAAGGGGAGCCGGUGGUGCCCGAGCGUCAGAUCAGAAUUAGCGAAAAGCCAGGCAUUUCAGAAGAUAAUUCCGACGAGGAAGGGCUUGAAGCGGACUUGGCUUUCAUUGGCUCCCACGCUUUUGCCCGCAUGGAAGGGGACGUGGACAAGCAGAGGCGCCUCGUCCUCCAAGGGCAGCUCUCGGAAGCGGCACUGAAAAAGCAGCAUCAGAGAAAUUACAGUCGCUGGCUCUGUCAGGCGAGAGCGGAAGACCUCUCCGACAUCGCUUCCCUCAAGGCUUUGUACCAGACAGGGGUGGAUAACUGCGGCCGUACCGUGAUGGCAGUCGUCGGAAGGAACAUUCCUGUCACUCUCAUAGACAUGGAGAAGGCUCUCUUGUACUUUAUCCAUGUGAUGGACCACAUCGUAGUGAAAGAGUACGUCAUUGUAUAUUUCCACACACUCACGAACGUUUACAACCACCUAGACUCGGACUUCCUGAAGAAACUCUACGACAUUGUCGACGUCAAAUACAAAAGAAAUCUGAAAGCCCUGUACUUCGUCCAUCCAACAUUUCGCUCAAAGGUGUCGACGUGGUUUUUCACCACCUUUACCGUCUCGGGCCUGAAGGACAAAAUCCACCACAUAGAAAGCCUCCAGCAGUUGUUUGCCGCCAUUCCCCCGGAACAGAUUGACUUCCCGCCGUUCGUUCUAGAAUACGAUGCCAGGGAAAACGGGCCCUACUAUUCUUACCCUUCUUCUCCGGACCUCUGACCCCGCAGCUCUGCCGUUAUCUCUGGUUUCCCAAGAGCUCCCCGCGACCCACCGCUUGCUGACACCGUUUGUGCUGAGCUGCCCCGAUCCGUGUACAGAGAUCAGAGAGAAGGGCUUUCCUCCCCGCCUCUGGUAUUUUUUUUACAAACGACAAUCGCAAGCACACAAGCAAUCAGGAUUGUACAUCGCCAGGAGCAGUCAUGGGGUCAGAUUUCUCGCACGUCCCAGUGGAAACGCUGGUUUGGGACUUCUGGAGCAGAUGCGAUUUUCUUAUCUUUCUCUCCCCACCCCCCCUCCGGUAUCAAGACUUGUCCUCACCAAAACGAGGUACAAGGAGCAGGUUUUAAUCUUAUUCUGCAAGAUCUCAGCUUUUCCUUCACUGCCCUGUUCUUGACUGCUUUGGGGUAGAAGGGGGGGGGGAAAGAUAUACUAUAUCAGCUUGUCGAUAUUCAUUAACCUUUGCACUUUCAGACCCUCCGUUAGGGUGAUUUCAUUUUUCUAACGCAGCGCCUGGAAACGUAGCUGCAAACCAGCUAAAGCUCUGCGGUCGCGCGCACACGCCCCGUUCCCAACAAACCUACCAGAGUUCAGUGUCUUAAGCAGCACCUGAGUUUGGGAUCCGGAAACGGGACUUUGAUUCCCUGGAUGAUGUGAGACGCAAGGGGAGGGGGGGCGCUGCUGCUCUCCCACACCGAACAGCGAAACGGAAGGACCCGUCAGCAGGGUCUCCCGCGGCCUUCGGAAAGGACCAGAGAUGCUGAUGCUGGAAGAGAUACAGAUGCUGUAGAUAAGGCCGCCUUGGAUCACGUGCCAAGCCUCUGUUGAUUGAAAUCUGUAUCAUUGAAAAGUGUGGGGGGGGGGAGAGAAUCAAGAAUGCAAUGUUUUGUCUCAAAAUAAAUGAUUUGUAUCUGCCUUCUUGCAAA